AUGCAAAGCUGCCACAUUACAGUUGUGUUUUUGCUAAGUUCUUACCUGGCUUUAUCCUCCGCUGAGGACAGAGUAGGCUUAGAAACCAUCAAGGAAAACAAUGGCAAAAAUAUAUAUUUGGAUAUUUUAAGUGAAAUGGAUAAGCAGCAAUUUUUUAACUCUAUGCUUUUUCUAUAUCGAGGCUGUAUAAAUGAUUCAAGAAUUGAGCAGUUGUUUACAUAUCCCAAGCCAAAGGUGAUUGGUUCGUGCAUCCAGGAUUUCAAUUACCACAGAGUAUUCAACGGUGAACUUUUGACCGUUUUCAUUGCCGAUGGGAUUUUGGAUUACCAAUUGCUGCAGACAACAGCAGGAAUUUUGGAUUAUCAUCGUCAGACAAGAAUUAUGGCUGUAGCUUUGAACAUCCAACAUCAAGAAGAUUUUAAGCAGGAGUUUCUUCAGUUGUGUGAAAAUUAUAAAAUGACUAAGGUCUUGCUGAUGUUUCUGCAGGAUAAUGAAGUGGAUGCCUUACAAUAUUAUGCCCUUAAGCCUUAUCCCCAAUAUCAUUGGCUUGAACAAUCCUUGGCUAAUUCCCAAGAGACAUUAUGGUAUCCCCAACAUUGGCUUAACAUGCACAACGUCUCUUUGAUAACCCACACCAGCCAAGAUCCUCCCGGAGCCAUACUCUACUACAAUGCCCAAGGUCAAUUGAAGAUCAAUGGCUAUGUGGCCAGGCUGAUACAGCUGUUUGCUGAAAAAUUCAAUGCCUCCUUGCAGAUGUAUGAACCUUUGCGCUUGGACAAGAUUGUCAAUCAUUUUGAGCUCAAUGAAUUGACCAUAGCUGGCAAAUUGGACAUACCCAUGGCCAUGCGUUCAGCUUUGAUAGAUGGAGAAAUGUUACGAACUUCGGCCUAUUAUGAACUGAGCUACCCCCUGCUGAUAGUGCCUUGUGCCACGCCUUUGAGUAUGCAUGAGGUUUUUGGCUUGCUGUUGAAUUGGUAUUUCUUUGCCUGUGUUUUGAUUAGCUCCUUGCUGCUGUCCUUUGCCCACUCCCUGAUAGAUUACUACUUGGAUAGUUUGCUCUACCAUUUGAAUUUUGUAAUCAACGAUCGAGUCUUACCAGGAGUUUUGGGCCAAUCAUUUGCCCCCAGAGAUAGUUCGUGGCGCAGCUUGAAGAUAGUUUACCUGCUGGUCUCAUUUGUGGGACUCAAUGUGAGCACCCAGUUUUCAGCCAAUAUCAAUACGCUAUUCACCACUCUACCCUACCAUGAUCCCAUCAACAGCUAUGAGGAUUUGAGGCAUUCAACUGCGAAAAUUAUUUUGCCAGAGGUAACGGCCAAAACUAUGAUACCAAUUUUACCACUUUUUGGAAAGUCUUUGACUGUUGUCGAGAACGGCACCCUGGUCUACGAGCACAUACGGCAAUUUAACAACUCUUAUGGCUAUAUUAUCUCCUCCAGCACCUGGAACCAUUUCGAUCAACGUCAACAGUUCUAUUCACAAAAGAAAUUCUGCAUUGUCAGAGGAGUUCAGUUUAUAGCAUUUAUGCUCUACUGCAUCGCCCUGCCACCGCAUUCGCCACUCAAGGAACCCUUAGACCAUUUCCUAUAUCGCAUCAAUGAAUUGGGAUUUAGACAGGCAUGGCAGUCGAGCACAUUCAAUGAUAUGGUGAAAUUGAAAAAUAUCACUUUAAUUGAUGAAAAUCCACCAGAGGAUAAGAGAGUGCUGCGCGUCGUGGAUUAUUUUUGGAUUUGGCUCAUUGUUGCCAUUGGAUGUUCUUUAAGUGGAUUUGUAUUCUUGAUGGAAUUAUGUAUGGCUAAAUUUUAA